AUGGAUUCACUUCAGACUGGACAGAUGCUGAGCUUGCCCGCCGAGCUCGGCAGCGACAACUUAGAACUGGCGGAGCCGGCGGCAUCGGCGGCCCGCGGAGACACGGAGCCCCACCCGGAGGCGGCCACAGAAGGCCCCGCACCUUUAGACCCGGGGCCGGAGUCGGAGCCGGGGCCCGAGCGGGAGCCGGGGCCGCCUCCUCAGACUUCGACGCCGGAGUGCAAAGUCCUGCUCACGAAGGCUGACGCCCUGGCGUCUGGGGGGCGCCUCCGGGAAGCCCUCGAGGUGUACCGCCAGCUCUCCGAACGGCAGCAGCUGGUGGCCGAGCAGCUGGAGCAGCUGGUGCGGUGCCUGGCGGAGAAAGUCCCGCAAGGCGAGGCUCCGGCGCUGGCGCCCCCGGACGGGAGCGGUGCGGGGAGCCGCGAGGCGGCGGCCGAAGAGGCAGGGGCGCCAACCGCCGCCGAGGCUACCGAGGUGUGGGACGGCUUCAAGUGCCGGAAGUGCCACGGCUUUCUGUCAGACCCCGUGUCCUUGUCGUGCGGCCACACCUUUUGUAAACUCUGCCUGGAACGCGGGCGGGCGGCCGACCGGCGGUGUGCGCUGUGCGGAGUCAAGCUCCCGGCCUUGAUGGUGGCCGGCGGCAAGGCGCGCCCGGCCCCCCAGCGGGACGGGCAGCAGCCGCCGCCGCCGCCGCCGCCGCUGCGGGUCAACGUGGUGCUCAGUGGCCUCCUGGGCAAGUUGUUCCCAGGCCCGGCGCGGGCGUCGCAGCUCCGGCACGAGGGCAACCAGCUGUACCGCGAGCACCAGGUGGAGGCGGCGCUGCUCAAGUACAACGAGGCGGUUCGGCUAGCUCCAAACGACCACUUGCUUUAUAGCAACCGGUCUCAAAUUUAUUUCACCUUGGAGUCUCACGAGGACGCACUGCAUGAUGCAGAAAUAGCAUGUAAGCUCCGCCCAAUGGGUUUUAAGGCACACUUCAGAAAAGCACAGGCCUUGGCCACCUUAGGCAAGGUGGAGGAAGCACUAAGGGAGUUUCUAUAUUGUGUGUCCCUCGAUGGAAAGAACAAAAGAGCAAGAUCUGAAGCCCAAAGGGAAAGCCGGGAGCUCCCGCACUGCUCUAGUCAGGAGGAAGCAGCGGCCGCGGGAGACCGCAGCAGCCUGGAGAACCCAGUUAAAGUAGAGGGGGAGGGGCAAGAAGGCAACGGGAAAGGCCAGGCAGGAGACCAGGAGGAGAAGGGGGAUGCUGCCUCUGCCAAGGCUGGCAAAUGCCAAGAAAAGAAAAGGAAACGUUGUCAAUUUGGACCCCAAGACCCAGAGGUGCCUACUAAAGCCAGAAAGCCAGAUCCUCCCGCUGACCAGGGGGCCAGAGCUGCGGUCAGUGCUCCACUCCCGUCCUUUGAUGCAUCUGACCUUGAAUGCUCCCUGUGUAUGAGAUUAUUCUACGAGCCAGUCACAACACCUUGUGGUCAUACAUUUUGUUUAAAAUGCCUUGAAAGAUGCCUAGAUCACAAUGCAAAGUGUCCGCUGUGCAAAGAUGGUCUUUCGCAGUGCUUGGCAUCCAGAAAAUAUAGCAAAAAUGUCAUAAUGGAAGAGCUAAUAGCUAAAUUCCUGCCAGAAGAAUUCAAGGAACGCAGGCGGCUUUAUGAAGAAGAAAUGGAAGAACUUUCUAACUUGAAUAAGAACGUGCCUAUUUUCGUGUGCACUAUGGCCUACCCCACGGUUCCUUGUCCCCUGCACAUUUUUGAGCCUUGUUACCGUCUGAUGAUCCGUAGAUGCAUCGAAACAGGUACAAGACAGUUUGGCAUGUGCCUUGGAGAUCCUGUCAAAGGGUUUGCGGAAUAUGGCUGCAUCCUAGAGAUCAGAAAUGUUCAGUUCUUUGCUGAUGGCCGCUCGGUGGUGGACAGCGUAGGCAAGAGGCGCUUCAGGGUCCUCCAUCAGGGCCAGCGAGAUGGUUACAAUACAGCCGACAUUGAAUACAUUGAAGACCAAAAGGUUCAAGGAGAGGAUCAGGCUGAGCUCAUGGGAUUACAUAACUGUGUCUAUGAGCAAGCGUCAUCAUGGUUUCAUUCGCUCAAAACCUCUUUGAAGAAUCGGAUACUCAAUCACUUUGGUCCAAUGCCAGAGAAAGAUGCUGAUCCUCAGGUGAGCCCGAACGGUCCAGCCUGGUGCUGGUGGACAUUAGCGGUUCUUCCACUGGAAAGCCGAGCUCAGCUCCCGUUCCUAGCGAUGAGGUCCUUGAAGGACAGACUGAAUGGGAUUCGGCGAGUCCUGGCCUUUAUAUCCCGGAACCAAAACUAGCGAGAGUGGAUCGCUGAGGAGAAGCCCCCACCCUCCCUGCCGGCUUGGGGGAGUCAUCUUGUAAAUAUAUCUAACUGCAAUAACAUCUUAACAGAAGGAAGUAUCAAACAGGCAUUUCCCUGCUGUUGAUCGCAGAGAGGAAUCGUGUAGAAAGGCCAGAAGCAC